AUGGCCUCUGUUGUUACAGUGAAGACAGAGAAGCGUCCUUCCCAUGACUCUGAGGAUGGAGACACAUUGGCUAAGAAGGUCAGGAAGCUGUUGCCCAGCCUGAAGACGAAGCGUGCUCCUGAGCUGGUGCUGGUGAUCGGCACGGGGGUGAGUUCAGCCGUAGCUCCUCAGGUGCCCGCGCUGCGCUCCUGGAAAGGUCUGAUCCAGGCGCUGCUCGAUGCUGCCAAUGACUUUGAUCUGCUUGAGGAGGAAGAGAGCCGCCGCUUCCAGAAAAGUCUGCAAGAGGACAAGAACCUGGUGCAUGUUGCUCAUGACCUUAUCCAGAAACUUUCACCGCGCACGGGAAAUGUUCGCUCCACCUUUUUUAAAGACUGCCUCUACGAGGUGUUUGAUGACCUGGAGAGUAAGAUGGAGAACGCUGGGAAGCAUCUGCUUCGCUCCGUGCUGCAGUUGAUGGAGAGCGGCGCUCUGGUCCUCACCAUCAACUUUGACAAUCUGCUAGAGAUCUACGCUGCUCACCAAGGGACCAAACUGGAGUCUCUGGAUCUCACAGAUGAGAAGAAGGUUCUGGAGUGGGCUCAGGAGAAGAGAAGACUGAGCGUGCUUCAUAUUCACGGUGUUUACACCAACCCCAGCGGCAUCGUACUGCAUCCUGCUGGCUACCAGAAUGUUCUGAGGAACACAGAAGUCAUGAGGGAGAUCCAGAAGCUCUAUGAAACCAAGUCUUUUGUGUUCCUGGGCUGCGGGAGGACAGUGGAUGACACCACCUUCCAGGCACUGUUUCUCGAGGCGGUCAAACACAAGUCUGACCUUGAGCAUUUCAUGCUGGUGCGGCGAGAGGAUGUGGGCGAAUUCAAGAAGCUCCGAGACAACAUGCUGGACAAGGGCAUUAAGGUCAUCUCGUACGGCAACGAAUACACCGACCUGCCGGAGUACUUCGAACGACUGGCCAAUGAGAUUUGCAACCGGGAUGUGGACCGGGAUGUGGUGACCAAUGGCUGGGACUACCACUCGUGA